AUGGGGAAUGAUGAGAGUUCUAGCUCAUUCUCCACAGGAAAGAGUGCACAAGAGAGGGGUUUGUCACAUGUACCUGAGAGUUAUGUGAUUCCAACCUCUCAUGAUCCAAAUUUGCAUCCUGAGACAGCCAAAGUGCCUGUUGUUGACUUGUCUGGGUUCAGACACGGCUCAGCACAACGGUCCCUUGUCAUACAAGACAUUAAAAAUGCUUGCCACCGUAUGGGUUUCUUUCAGAUAAUCAAUCAUGGAAUCAGCCAAUCGUUGAUGGAUGGAGCUCUAUCUUCAGCAUUCGGUUUCUUCAACUUGCCAACCCCAGAGAAGAUGAAGUUAAUGUCCAACGAUAUACACAAGCCUGUUAGGUAUGGAACAAGCAUUAAGGAUGAGAUUGACAAUAUCCAGUUUUGGAGGGUCUUUCUUAAACAUUAUGCACAUCCCUUGGAGGAUUGGAUUCAUUCUUGGCCAGCUAAUCCACCUUAUUACAGGGAAAAGAUGGGAAACUAUUGUUCGGAGGUGAGGAAAUUAGGCAUAGAACUAAUGGGAGCAAUCACAGAGAGCCUGGGCUUAGGUUCAGCAUAUUCAAGUGACAAAAUGAAUGAAGGAAUGCAAGUCAUGGCGGUCAAUUGCUACCCACCGUGCCCAAAUCCAAAUGUUGCAGUACUAGGGUUGCCUCCACAUUCGGACUACAGCUGCUUAACCAUUGUUCUUCAGAGCUCACCAGGCCUUGAAAUCAUGGAUAUGGAGGAAGGAAAAUGGGGUAUAGUCCCGAAGCUUCAUGGGGCUUUACAGGUUCAUGUGGGUGACCAUCUUGAGGUACUAAGCAAUGGCUUGUACAAGGGUGUAGUGCAUAGGGCUAUACUCAAUUGUGAGGGGACUAGAAUCUCCAUUGCUAGCCUAAUGAGUUUGGGCUUCGAUGAGAAGAUGGGUGCAGCCAAAGAGCUUGUGGAUGAACAACAUCCAAAGAGGUAUAAAGAAAGUAGUUUCGGAGAUUUUCUCAAUUUUCUCUCCGCCAAUGACAUUGGAGAGGGAAAAGCUUUCAUUGACACCCUGAAGAUUAUAAAAUAG